AUGACGACAGAGAUAGAACAAGUAGACGUUAUAGUGGUUGGCACAGGUAUGCAACAGUCCAUGUAUCAGCUUAAGCGCAAUCGAGAGAAGCUAUACAACAUACGUUGGAAUGGACUUAUAGCAGCGAAAACAUACCUCGAUUUUGAACCAAGUGCCAACCUUGUUCUUCUCGAUGAGCAACAAUCUAUUGGUGGGGUAUGGAGUGCAGAAAAGAUAUAUCCGAGUCUGUAUGCUCAAAUUAAAUAUGGGCUUUUCGAAUACUCCUUCUAUCCAAUGCGGCGAGAAGGUAUUAGCCCAGAUGGCUACAUAUCAGGCGAUACGAUAAACACAUACCUGAAUGACUUCGCAAAGGACUACGACCUUAUUCGUAGAACCAGAUUGCUGCACAAAGUGCUACGAGUUGACCGUGUCCCAGUGACACAGAAGUGGAGAGUAGAUAUUGACAGCAAGGCAUCCCUCGAAUGUUCCAAACUCAUUUAUGCCUCCGGGGCAACCUCGCAUCCAGUGAUACCAUCAUGGCCAACGUCGACAGGCUUCAACGCAACGAUCAUACACUCUUCAGAAACUGGGGGUCACCUAAGAGAAUUGCGAAAUCUGCGAAGAGCAACGGUUGUUGGCGCUGCAAAGUCUGCCUAUGACACAGUUUUUCUGCUUCUACAAAAUGGAGUAGCGGUUGAUUGGAUCAUUCGGGAGAAUGGCACAGGUCCGCUGGCCAUUAUGCCCCCAACGAUUCUAGGGAUAGUUAAUUCAAUGGAUGUGAUUUCAACUAGAGCCCUGGCACUGUUUGGGUCGAGUAUUAUGAAUACGAAAGGACCUGCCUAUAAGUUCUUGCAGAGAACCUGGUUAGGCAGAGCCUUCGCCAAGACAUUUUGGAAGUCUGUUAACCUAAUCGCUGAGCUGCACGCUGGAUACUCCAAGACUCCAAACGCGGCAAAGUUGAGGCCACUUCCACGCGGCAAUGGUGUAUUCUGGGCAAAUGCCGGAUUAGGUUGCGCCAGUGUACCCGAUUUCUGGAAAGUGUUUCACUCAGGGCACUGCACCGUUCACCGGACUGAAAUUGAGUCAUUGGGGGAUGAUAAUACGGUUUCUCUACAGAACGGGACCGAUAUCCAAACUGAAUACGUUAUUCUUUGUACAGGCUUUGACAAAUCAUACCAACCAUUUAGUCCGGAACUUCAGCGCCAGUUAGGCUUAGCUGCGGACGUUCAACAUAACCACUGGGCAGAUUUAGAUGCUCGCGCCGAGAUAUCUGUCGACAAUUUGUUUCCGUCUCUCGCCCGAUCGCCAGUGCCUCCAAUCACAAGUCUGCAAAACAAAAGCAACUGCACCAUCAAGGCGGAACAAGAUACCAGUAGUAAAGCUGAACAAGACGCGCCCAUGCAUGGGCCUAGCCUCCACUAUCGACGCUUGGUCGUGCCAGCCUUGGCAGCAGAGGGAGACAGGUCUAUAUAUUUUCCUGGCUUCAUUCAUACUAUCUACACACCUUUGGUAGCAGAAGUCCAGGCGCUCUGGGGUGUAGCCUUUCUACAGGGACUGGUCAACCUGCCAACACAAGAACGCAUGGAACAGGAGGUGGCUGAAUGGAACGUAUGGUGCCGAAAGAGGUACCUUGCACAAGGCAAAAAGCAUGCAUAUGCUAUCUAUGACUUUUUGUCCUACAUUGAUACGCUUCUGAAGGAUCUAGGUAUUAAUACGGUGCGCCGAAAGAAUCCCAUUUCCAAUUUGUUCCUUCCUUACUAUCCAAGUCUAUACCGAGGAUUAGUAGAGGAGUUCAAGAGGGAGAAAUCGAUAGCGCCAGAAUGUGUUGCUUUGUAG